AUGGCACCCAAUAAUGGAAAUACACCACUGAAAUUUGAAACUCUUGAAAAUUAUCAGAAUUUACAACAGCAGCAGCAAUAUUCACCAUAUUUUUCUCAGAGGAACUAUAUUCUUGUGAACUCUAAUGAACAGAAAAUUACAAAUUCCACUAUGAACAAUGGUUCCCAGGAUCAUCAAUUGCUUUACUCAGAGAUUCAAUCUAACUCUCUUAGGCCAGCUCAUAUAAUUUCUCCAAGUAAGCAAGCUCCCGAAGGAUAUAUCUGUGUCGGACGAGUUAUUGAGUCCCCAACAAAAAAUGCAUCUCUCAGUCCAAAUCAGAAGGGACUUUUCAUUUUAAAUGAAGACUCUAAUAUAGUUAUGCUGGAGUUUCCAUCAAACUUUAAUCCCAGAAAAGCUAGUAAUAUGCCACCCAAGGAGAAGGUAAAUAAAUGGAUCCAGAACGUUCCAUUUAGAAUUAUACACGAUGAUAUACUAAUACUGGAAUGCUACCCUGCUAUUCCGUCGUCUAGUAGUAAUUCUGAACCAAGCAUGGACUUUGCUGAUAAUCAAGACAUUUUAGAAUUGCAAUGCAGAAGAAUAACUCGUUAUACUACUCAUAUGUAUACGAGAGAAGAUGAACCUGUUGCGCGUUUUGAUGAAUCUUCUGAUGAUGAGUUUUAUGACAGCGAAGGUAACUUGAUUCAAUACGACACAAACAUAGCUCAUAUGGAGAGCACAUUUGAUAAUUUUUUUAGUGGUAAGGGUAACCAGCCAAUUGAGUAUAUUAUUAACUCUACUUUGUGA